CUUAUGCUACUCGGACAGAAGGUGUCCCGUCUUGGGCUCUCGACGCACAAGGAGAAGGUAGACGCAAUAGUCGCCUUAGAGGAGCCGAGGAACGUAAGCGAGCUUCAGACCUUUUUAGGUAUGAUGACUUACUUCUCUUCGUACAUCCCUUUCUACGCUUGGAUCUCGCAGCCA